CCAAUCAGAGCAGAGGGUGUGAUAGCUUCCAGGAGAGAGGAAAUGUGAAAGGAAACGUGUGGGAGCCGCCACAUAUUAUCAGCGAGCAUUAAUGGCUGGUUAGUUUGGGGUUUAUUUUCAGGGGGUAAACUGUUGUGGUGUAUCUGUAAACACGGGAGUGCAAGUGAAGGUUGGAGUGUUGGAGGGGAGGCGACAAUGUCUAUCCAGUACGAGGUAGAGCAGCUGGCGGGCAGCUACGGGGUGGCGGACUCCUUCCCCAAAGACUUUGGCUAUGGAGAAGAGGAGGAAGAUGCCGACAUCGAGGACAGCUCGGCGCCGUCCGACAGCAAGCCGAGAAUCCUGCUCAUGGGGCUCAGGAGAAGUGGCAAGUCAUCCAUACAGAAGGUGGUUUUCCACAAAAUGUCCCCCAACGAGACCUUGUUCCUGGAGAGCACCAACAAGAUCUACAAGGACGACAUCUCUAGCAGCUCCUUUGUCAACUUUCAGAUCUGGGACUUCCCUGGUCAGGUGGACUUUUUCGACCCGACCUUCGACUACGAGAUGAUCUUCAGAGGAACUGGAGCCUUGAUAUUUGUCAUCGACGCUCAGGAUGACUACGUGGAGGCUCUGGGGCGGCUUCACCUCACGGUGUCGCGGGCAUACCGGGUCAACCCGGAGAUCAACUUCGAGGUGUUCAUCCACAAAGUGGACGGCCUCUCGGACGACCACAAGAUCGAGACCCAGCGGGACAUCCAUCAGAGAGCCAACGACGACCUGGCGGACGCGAGUUUGGAAAAGCUUCAUCUCAGUUUUUACUUGACGAGCAUUUACGACCACUCCAUUUUCGAGGCCUUCAGCAAGGUGGUGCAAAAGCUCAUCCCCCAGCUGCCCACGCUGGAGAACCUGCUGAACAUCUUCAUUAGCAAUUCAGGAAUCGAGAAGGCCUUCCUGUUCGACGUGGUGAGUAAGAUCUACAUCGCCACAGACAGCUCCCCCGUGGACAUGCAGUCCUACGAGCUGUGCUGCGACAUGAUCGACGUUGUUAUCGACGUCUCCUGCAUCUACGGCCUGAGGGAGGACGGCAGCGGCAGCGCUUACGACAAGGAGUCCAUGGCCAUCAUCAAGCUCAACAACACCACCGUGCUCUACCUGAAGGAGGUCACCAAGUUCCUGGCGCUCGUCUGCAUACUGAGAGAGGAAAGCUUUGAGCGCAAAGGCUUGAUAGAUUACAACUUCCACUGUUUCCGGAAGGCCAUCCACGAAGUAUUUGAGGUGGGCGUUUCCACGCAGCGCCCGGUCGGGACGCAGCCCCUGGGCUCGCCAUGCAACAAGGCAGUGGCGCUCAACGGCACGCCGCGCAACACUGUGUAGGCUCUCGGACGCAAGAAGAGGGCGAAGGUAGGAAGGAAGGAAGGAUGGAUGGAACACUCUAGAAGGACCAAGGGGGGAGACUUUCACUGUCUUUAACCUCCAACACCACUCAAGUGGCCAAAGGACUGAAGGGGAGGAGCCAGGACUAAAAUUGCAACCUAGACUUAGGAAGGACUCUUUCUUUGGACAAUAGCUGCAGGUCCGAUGGAGGGACCAACGGUCAGUGCAAGUCAUGCACACACUCAGAAGAAAAACUCAACAAAAAGAAGGACGGUCACUCUGGAAGAUGACCUAUAGGAAGCUUGUCUGCAGCAACCAGCUCGCUCUCAGCACCUCUCACCUCACCCCUAUGCUGCCCGGACCGUGGUCUCACUCGUCUCAAGGGAAGCACCCUCAAGGGAUCGCGUGUGUGUGUGUGUGUGCGUUUGCGUGUGUGUGUGUGUGUGUGUGUGUGUGUGUCGUAAUGCUGAAAGAAGGUUUACAGAGACUCACUGUCCCUCUUCUUAAUAAAACCUAAUAAUACUAUGAUUUAUUGUGUGAACAUGUUUGCUUACACCACGCCACGUUUCGCAUUGUAGAUUUUCUUUUUACGAACCAAACCAGUCACCUUAAAAACUGUGACGUAUGAUUGAAUGAAUGUGCUGUGACAACAUGACGUGUGAAAAUAAAACCGCUAAACCAC